CGCGCUUUGGUUGUCUGAGAGAAAGGUGAGGACGUGAGCCCGGUCGAUAGGACAAGUUGCAGUGAUGAGUGACCCUUUGGAAAAUGGUUUGUUCGAUAUCCCUGACAAUGAAGAGUUAGAAGAUGAAAUCUUUCCUCCCCUUCCUCCUCCAACAUCACCUGGCCAACCGGGAUAUGGUGAAGGUUUCGCUGAUGGUGAAGAUGAAGCUCGACAAGAGGGAACUCAAUCUAAGGAGCCUGUAGUACUCAGGAAAAGUGUAAGGAGGCCACAGCCGAAACUGGAUGCUCAGCGGUUGACUUCAGAUCGAGGAUUACCAGCUUUACGAAACUUGUUCGAUGGUGUCCGAUUCAAAGGUAAAGGACACGAGGUAAGCCAGGGAAACAGACAACCACCCUGCUGGAACUCGCUCAAAAAUCAGCUGCCCAUGUUGAAGAAUGAAGACGUGAAGACUCUGCUGUGGCACAUGGAACAUUGGGCUCACAGGCUGUACCCCAAAUUACAAUUUGAAGAGUUUGUUGCAAAAGUGGAAGCCUUGGGUGGUAAAAAGGAAGUUCAGACCUGUUUGAAAAAAAUUCGUCUUGAUAUUCCCCUCACUACUGAAGACUUUACUUCCAAUGAAGCUGUGGAGAAUGAAGAUGUGCUCCAAGUUGAUAAUUCUGAAACUUCAUUCAACGAAAUGCCUAGCCAACCGGUUUCAACAUCAACUCCUUGCCCCAGCACACUGUCGGAGGAACAACGGCUUCGGAUUGAAAGGAAUAAACAGCUUGCACUUGAGAAACGACAAGCAAGACUUCAGUUGGCUAAUCAAACCCCCUCCAAUGAUCAUGGAGAUUCCCAGUGCUCGAGUCAGCCCAUGAUGGCAAAUGGAAAUAAGAUGGUGUUUGAUCCUGAUACGUUUGAAGAUGAAAAUGUAAAAACUAUAACUGUACCUUCUGAGCAACUUAGUGAAUCACAACUCCCAACAGAAGUCACUCUUGUAGAAACUCCAAAAGACUCUGAAGAGAUGAACAAAACAAUUGACUCUAUUGAACCAGCAGACAAUUCUGAAGCCACGGAGGGCACUUGUCCCAUACUCAUUCCUGAGACAGCACCAGAAGUGAAGAAAGUGAACAUGGAGACAGAGAUUUCCUGUUCAGGAGCUGGAAACCUCUACAAUGUGUGAUUAAAUGUGAAA